AUAAGAUAUGUGCAGUAAUGUAAUCAUUUGCGACUCAGCUGUUGAAUUGAUAUUUAGAUGAUAUUUGACAUGAAUAUAUUUUGAAACAUACGUGUAGUUUUAAAAUUAUAAUUCAUUGAAACAAUUUAAUUGGAUUUUAACAAAUGCAAGGAUAGUUUAUAAAAUGAUAAGACGACGAAAAAGACCCAAAAGAAAAGAAUUACGGUUUCCAAUUGUAAUGCUGAAUGUGAGUAAGACUGUUCAACGUAAUAAAAUAUUACCAGAUGAUAACAAAUCCGCUUCCUCAUAUACAAGAGACAAAGAGGAAAUCAUAGAAACAGCACGUAAUAGACGACUGGACAAGAAUGUCCUUUUGUGUUUGUCUGACAGGGGACCUAGACCUAAGCCGGACAGAGAAUGGACACCAUUAUCUGUUAGAGAAAAGCAAAACAUGCACACAGACAUUGAAGGACUUUAUAGUAAACACGUGGACAGUUUAUAUCGUUUGAUAACCAGACAAAAUUCUUCUAUUUUACCUCCUAUAGCCACAUCUAGAAGAAUGAAGGGAAACGUCUUUGACGAAGAUAAAUUACAGGAGAAACGUUAUGUUAUGAUGGAUGCAUUUCGGGAAGGUAAAAUGUCAAGAUUUGCGAGGGACCAGUGUUAUUUACCUUCAGUCUAUAAUCAGUUUCUUAAUUGUAAAACGUGUAAAAAGUCGUACGUAAAUGAUAAGUAUAUUGAGGAGUAUAAGAAACGUAACUAUAAAACUCCAACAUGUUCAAAUAGAUUGAUGAAUAGUAAAGUGCACUUUUGUGAUGUACUGGGUAAACGGUGCUGUGCAACGUGCAUUGAAUCUGAAAAUAGAGAAUUUUCAAGGAGAAUUGAAAACCGACUUCAAGGCGCAUUAACUGACUCGGAAUCAAGUACAUCGGAUUUGUGUUUUGAUUUUGGUUAAUAUGUAUGAGUUCAAAGUUCGAAAAUAGAAUUUACAGAACCAUUUACAUUGGGUUUUUAUUCAUCAUUUGGUUAAUAUGUGAUUUUUUAUAGCUAUCUGACCGACUCAAAAUCCAUUCACUACAGAGGAUUUGUACGCAUGCUCUAAUGGAUUAAUCCUUGUUUUAUGUAUUGUGUUACAGAUAUUUUCAACAAAGCAUAGUUUUAUUUGCCUCUGUGUAUUAACAUCUUGCAAAAAAUAAAACAGACGUGUAUGUGUAUUUAUACAUCCUGCAAUAUAUAGAUUAAUGAAAUGGAUAAGAUGGGUGUAUGUGCCUGUCCCAAGUCGGGAGCCUGUAAUUAA